AUGCUGUCUAAGAGGAUUUUACGGGUUGUAUUGCUAUUAGUGUUCUCUUUGAAAAUUUGUGCUUUGGAUUUUGAUGAUCUCAAAGAUACCAAGGUGAAUUUUAUAAGUGCUGUGUAUUAUACAGAAUGGUCAUUUUACAACAAGCAUUACCCUAUUGAUGUUCCACUUUCGCAAAUCACAAAUAUUUACUAUGCCUUUGCCAAGAUUGAUCCCAGCUCGGAAAGCACCAAGUGGGCCGACAAGAACGUUGCACUUGAAGAAUCUUUUCCUUUAUAUCAUGCGGAAUUUCCGAACUCCUGUGGAGCUAGAGAUGAACAACUAUACUUCGAAUUAUCAGGAUCCAAAGGAUCAAAUGAGUUUGUUAACUCUACAGGUUUAAUAGGUCAGUUAUCACAGAUGAAAGAACUGAAGAAGGGUCUCAAGAUUUCUUUGGCAGUCGGCGGUGAGAAUACGAAUACCUUAUUUAAUAAAAUCACCAGUGAUGACGCACAAAUUGAGAAUUUUUCGACGAAUUUAGUCCAAACUAUGGUUGACUAUGGAUUUGAUGGACUUGAUAUAGAUUGGGAGUUUCCGACAACAGAAAACGCUUCAAAGUUGAUAGCGUUGAUGAAGUCUCUCAAAGAGAAAUUUGAAUCACAUGAAAGGAUGAAUGGGUUGGAGACGAAUUCAUAUCUACUAUCAUUGGCUUUGCCGCUAGAUAUCUCUUCAUUGCUGUGCUACGACUUUGAAAUCUUGCAAAAAUACGUUUCAUAUUUUAACCUCAUGGGAUAUGAUAUGACAGGUCCUUGGUCGGAGAAAUCUGGUUAUCAUUCAAACUUAUAUCCAGCGGAUGAUAGUUCUGGUGCAUCGAUCGAUACGUCUGUCCGCUUUCUCUUGGAAAGAAUCGAUCGAAAGAAAUUGAUUCUAGGGAUGCCUAAUUAUGGAAGAAGCUACGACUGUAUGAAACCCGGUGAUAAGUUUCAUACAUGUGCAAAUAUUGCAGGAGUUGAACAAAAGAAAAAACAAUGCAUCAUAAAUUAUCAUGACCUUCCUCCGGAUGGAUUUAUUGAAGUCUACAAUUCAACGGUCGGAUCUUCAUAUGCUUACAACCAAAAUCGGGGGAUAGUUUUUUAUGACAGUCCUUUGGCUGCUCGCCAGAAGGCAGCUUACGUUAAGCAAAUGGGACUAGCUGGCGGCUUCUGGUGGGAUUCUUAUGGCGACAGCUAUUGCAACUCUAAUAACCGCUCCCUUUUGCAUAAUUUUGUUGAUGAACUCGGGGGGACAAGUGCACUGAAACUUAACGAUGAAGUCAUAAACGAGAACUUCUAUAAUGGUCAAGAUGAUGAGCCAGCCAGAUCGUGCGCAAUGAGACGCCAUCUGGUACGCACAAAGGAACUCUUCAAUUUUACUUUAUGUGCACUUAUUGUUUUCAUUGAAUUAUUAUUACUAUAG